CAGGGGAAACCCCUGGCUGAUGUUGCGAAACGAUGUGGGAUUUCCGUUACCUAGUCAGACUCUGAAAUUAGCUUAGCAUUUUUCAUUCAAGUAUAACAACAGUACCUUCGUAAUUCUCACUUUGGCUUUUACCGUCAUGCUUCCUGUCUCAAAAGUGAUGUACAUCGAUUCAACUCAAUAAACUUUAACCAUGCCAAGAAGGAACAGUCCUCCCACGCCCACCACUCCGGGCAACUCCGCCCCCGGCUCGGACACCUCCGAGGGCGACUUUGUGAUUCUCCCCCGGCCCUCGCUGGACACCAGCACGGCCGGCACCCAGCAGGCCGACCUGCAGCUGCAGUCCCAGCUCUCGCCCACCUCUGGGCAGGUGAACGGCGGCACGAACAUGGUGACCAUGAUGCAGUACGAUCAACUGGUCAACACGGCACGGGGAAUGAAGGAAGAAAACAACAUGCUCAGAGGCCAGUUGACCGACAUGGUGCAAACGAUGGAAGCCCGCACCAAGGAGUUUGUCCAGAUGAAGAGCUGCAAUCGUCAGGUCACGGAACGCUGCAAGGAGAUUCGUAAGCUAGCAAACCUGGAGGUCACGAGGUUGCGCAACCAGGUCACGACUUUGGAGGAACAAUUGAAACGGGAAGCAGAAAACCAGGAUAAAACUGAGUUACAGUCUCAAAACGAAGAGUUGAAAAAGACGGUUGGUACUUUGGAGGCUAGAAUUCAACUGCUGGAGACGGAGUUGAAAAAUAAGACAGAAGAGGUCUUGGUGUGUAUGGAACCUGGCAAAUCUGACUCAGUCAGUGAGGAAGCUUUGGUACAGACACCGGUCUCCCUGCUGACACAACUCAAGAGAGACAUUAAGGACGUCCAAGGCACCAGAGCCGGCAUCCAGGCCAACAUGGCCGAUUUGGAGGAAGCUUUUCAGAAGUCCGCCGCCGAGCUGAAACAUUACAAGCACAAGUCUGACUUACUGGCGCUGGAGAAACAGGACUUGGUGGCCCUCAAUAACGAGCUACAGACUAAGGUGUCGAUGUACAGCAGUGGGGGAUAUGAUGGCAGUCUGGAUCAGUCGGUGUCAGCAGCGGGAUCAGAGAGAGAUACCCUGCAGGGUGCAGAAGACAGCCAGUUUGAAUUGCCUCCAACUCCCUUCAGUCCCGGCCAAGCCAUAAAGAAGUCCAACCUGGCCCUCCAGGACAUCUUGCUCCAGCUGCAGUCCGAGCGAGACAAGGUCGCUGGCCUGAUGGAGGAGUUGAAGAAGGAACGAGAAGACCGGAACAAAACAGAGACCACACUGAUGGAGCAGCUUCAUGCUAGGAGCGGGGAGCAUAGCAUAGCCCUGGAGGAACUGAACAAGAGGCAUCAGGAACAGGUGGAAGAGCUGGUCAGGAAGGUUGAUGAGCUGUCUGUAGCCAAUCAGGAGCCCCAUCAUAGCAUGGAGCUAAAGCAGCAGGUCAGAAGUCUUGUCUGUGAACUCCAGGAACGCGAGAAUAUCCUUCAGCAGAAGGAGCACUCAGUGGCCGACCUCCGAGCAACGAAUGAAGCCCUGAAGAGUAAGAUCUCACUGUACCAUGACGAGUUGGAACAAGUCCGGAGGCAAGACUCACAAAUGAUUGAGACGUUACGGGAAGAGCUUCAGAGGCAGCAGGACCAUUACCAGUUGGAAAAACAGAAGGGACUGAUGGAAAGAAUCAACCAUGACAAGGUGAUGGAUGAACAUCAGCACCUUAAGCAGGAGUACAACCAGUUGUUUGCCGACUAUGACAAACUGAACCGCAUGUUUGAAGAGCAGAGAGUCAGAAACGCACAGGCAGUGAAUGCGACCGCUCUGCGUGAGCUCGCCGAACAGCGAGACAACCUAACGGCCCAGCUGAUGUCGGCAGAGGAAGCCAUCGGAGCUAAACAGGACCAACUGGACAAAGCUCAGAAGGAACUCCGGGAGGCCAAGACCAAGCUUGAGACUAUCCCAGUUCUUGAAGCACAGGCCGAAAUCUUCAAGAAUGACUUCGACGCGGAGAGGGCAGCACGGGAGAAGGGGCACGCAGAGAGAGAAGCCCUGAUGGCCGAGCUGGAAGCCCUGCGAGAGGAGAACCAACGGAUGCAAGAGGAACUAGCGUCCCUCACCAAGACGCAGCUCCAGCAGAUGCAGCAUCGCCACGGCAGCACAAGCAGCGGCAGCGGCGAGACAAUUUACGAACGCUACAUCUCGCGCCCGUUCGGCUUAGGGGGCUCGCAGCCCAGGAAGAAGAACCGGGGUUACGGCAGCAGCGCAGAGUACGGGAAUGCCGAACCUUUCGAUGAUAACUAUGAGGUCAUUCCUGACAUGAACCCCGGAGUGGACGUGGACCAGGUUGGACGAGGGACUUAUGAUGAGAUCGGCCCGGGCAGAAUACCUGCAGGAAUGGCUGGUGGUGUACCUAACAUGGACCAGGGCUAUCCCCAGCGGCCGAUUGCAAACCCAACCUGUCCCAAAUGCCAGAACGAGUUUCCGGAUAUCGACACCCUUCAGAUUCACAUGCUGGAUUGCAUCAAGUAAAGAGACACAAACUCCUGCAUCAUAUGCUACUGUGGCAGUGUGUCACUCAGAAAAUCUCUUGGAAGCAUAAAGGAUUAUUUGCUUCUCGUGCAUUUCGUUCGUUUCUAAUAAUAACACCACUCAAAAGCCAAAGAAAAAUGUA